GAAAAAAAGGAGUAAAGAGACCAAAGGUUUCAUCUGCAACAUACCCAAAAUGGGUAAUUCUUUCACUGAUAGAGUAUAUGAGGGGGAAGAAAACAUUAUCAUUUUCAAGAGUGAUAAUGACCGAAAGCUUAGCACACGUAGUCAAUAAUUAGUGAAGAAGCAUUCAAAAGACAAUCUGCAAGCAACAUACCAUUGCUGGUGGCAGAGAAGAAGGAGAAGGCAAUGUGAGUUCUGAAAUCUCACAAAUGUGACCUUCAACAUUUUCUCAAAAUCAAUUUUAUCAUCUUUACAAAAAAUUUGUCUAAUUUCUUAGGAAUAGGAGGAAUCUUCCACACAAAUGGCAAAAAGUAAGUGGAAAUUUCUCGAUUUAUAAGGCAUUAAUACCUUUGUCAUAUCCAAUCGCAUGCAUUUGGGUUUGGGGUCUUGGAGUUAUCCCUAGGCGACCAGUUCGUUAGUCUCACAUCGGUAUCGUAAGAGUAACAUCGACCCCAUCAGGAAGGGAAGGGAUAAUACAGUCAAUUUGUACAAUAUUUAAUUUGUGGUGGGGGUUCUCUUAAGAAUAAAUAAGACGAAUAGAAUCUAUUAAGGAUACUGUCCACAAGCAUCCUUACUUAUUAGCAUUAAAUGCUCCUUAAGAAACAAACAAAUAAUAAUUAAUUAAUUUACAGAUUUGAUAUCUACUAUAUAAAGGAAACAAUUUGAAAUCAGGAAGGGAAGGGAUAAUACAAUCAAUUUGUACAAUAUUUAGUUUGUGGUGGGGGGUUCUCUUAAGAAUAAAUAAGACGAAUAGAAUAUAAUUCAUGCAAUACACAGAUAACUUCUUGCAAGAAAGAAACGAAUGAUGAUAAAUAGAGCAGAUCUAAGAAGUUCUUUUGAAUCUAACCACUCAUCACCUAGUGACCAAAUCCAGAUUCAACAUCCAAAAGAUGAGUGGCUUCCUCUAACUGAAUCUAGAAAUGGUAAUACAUAUUUUGCAGCUUUUCAUCUUCUUAAUUCCAACAUUGCAUUUCAAGCUCUCAUGCUUCCUAUUGCUUUUGCCACUCUUGGUUGGUACGUGUAUUACUCAACAUUAUUAUAAUUAUUAUUGUAAAUCUCACACACACUUCUUCUAUUUGACAACAAUUUCUUUGGAGUUAGAGAUUUCCUGCAUUUCGAAUACAAAUUUUAACAUUGACGAAUAGAGACUUUGGUCUUCAAUAUCUACUCACGGGUUACAUUUUGCCUUAUAAUUUCAUCAAUGAUUUCAGGGCAUGGGCAGUGUGUGUUUGUCAAUAGCAUUCAUUUGGCAAUUCUAUACCAUAUUUCUCCUAAUUGAAUAUUUCUGGAAUUCGCCACAGUAGAUACCUCUUCCUAGCAAUGUCUGCUUUUGGUUCAACAUUAGGGAAAAUAGCAGCAUUAUUUCCGGUAAUGUACCUAUCAGGAGGUUCAUGCGUAACGUUUAUAAUUACCGGUGGUGGGACCAUGAAGAUGUUAUUCAAGAUUCUUUGUGAAAAUGAUAAUGGGGAGAUGUGUGGGGCACACGCGCCAAGCGGGGUGGUGCGGUUCUUAGUAUUUACAUGUUUGGCCAUUCUCAUUGCUCAACUUCCUAACCUCAACUCAAUGGCAGCUGUUUCUUUGGUGGGUGCUGGAACUGCAAUUAGUUACUGCACACUCUUUUGGUCACUUUCUCUUAAGGGUAGACCAAUCGGAGUGUCUUACACUACAUUGGUGUCACAACAAGAAUCAACCGUCGUGAAGAUCAGUGAUGUUAUCAAUGCUAUUGGGAUUAUUGUGCUUUCCUUCAGAGGUCACAAUGUUGUGCUAGAAAUACAGGCAAGGUACACUACCUUCCAAUUUAAAGGAAACAUCAAAAGAAUUGAUGCGUAG